GAUGGCCGCUAUGGUGGCCUCGCCACGUGACCACGACGGGCGGAAGCGGAAGUGCGGCCUGGAGCUUGCGCCAGGCGGUGUUUCCUCGGCGCCUCUAUCCGCCAGCUGUGCCAGACAUGGACUGUUACACUGCGAAUUGGAAUCCACUAGGGGACUCUGCCUUUUACCGGAAAUAUGAACUGUACAGCAUGGACUGGGACCUGAAGGAGGAACUCAAGGAUUGUUUGGUGGCUGCUGCACCCUAUGGAGGUCCCAUUGCUCUACUGAGGAACUGUGGGAGAAAAGAGAAAGCUGCCAGUGUGCGGCCAGUACUGGAGAUCUACUCUGCUUCUGGCGUCCCACUGGCCAGCCUGCUGCAUUGGAACCUCUCUCCUCCACAGUGGAAGAGCGGGCCUGUGGUGGCCCUUGGCUGGUCAGCUGAGGAGGAGCUGCUCUGUGUGCAAGAAGAUGGCACAGUGCUAGUCUAUGGGCUUCAUGGAGACUUCCGGAGGCACUUCAGCAUGGGCAAUGAGGUGCUUCAGAACCGAGUCCUAGAUGCCCGGAUCUUUCACACUGAGUUUGGUUCUGGGGUGGCCAUCCUCACAGGGGCCUAUCGCUUUACCCUGAGUGCCAAUGUGGGUGACCUCAAACUCCGUCGGAUGCCAGAGGUACCAGGUCUGCAAAGUGCACCCUCAUGUUGGACCACACUGUGCCAUGAGCGAGUUGCGCACAUUCUUCUGGCUGUAGGGCCUGAUCUUUACCUCUUGGAUCAUGCUACCUGCUCCACAGUGACACCUGCUGGUCUAGCCCCAGGAGUGAGCAGCUUCCUACAGAUGGCUGUAUCCUUCACAUAUCGUUACCUGGCACUCUUCACAGACACAGGCUACAUCUGGAUGGGGACAGCAUCACUCAAGGAGAAGCUGUGUGAGUUCAACUGCAACAUCCGGGCUCCUCCGAAGCAGAUGGUCUGGUGUAGCCGUCCUCGAAGCAAGGAAAAGGCUGUUGUGGUGGCCUGGGAGAGACGGCUGAUGGUGGUGGGCAAUGCGCCUGAAAGCAUUCAGUUUGUGCUAGAUGAGGACUCCUACUUAGUGCCUGAGCUUGAUGGGGUCCGCAUCUUCUCCCGCAGCACCCAUGAGUUUCUGCAUGAAGUUCCAGUGGCCAGUGAGGAGAUCUUCAAAAUUGCCUCAAUGGCCCCUGGAGCACUGCUGUUGGAGGCCCAGAAGGAAUAUGAGAAAGAGAGCCAGAAAGCAGAUGAGUACCUACGAGAGAUCCAGGAGCUGGGACAGCUAGUCCAGGCUGUGCAACAGUGCAUUGAGGCUGCAGGACACGAGCACCAGCCAGACAUGCAAAAGAGUCUGCUCAGGGCAGCUUCCUUUGGAAAGUGUUUCCUUGACAGAUUUCCACCUGACAGUUUCGUACGCAUGUGUCAGGACCUGCGAGUGCUCAAUGCUAUUAGAGACUACCACAUUGGGAUCCCUCUGACCUAUAGCCAAUACAAGCAGCUCACCAUCCAGGUGCUGCUGGACAGGCUUGUAUUGCGGAGGCUUUACCCCCUAGCUAUUCAGAUAUGCGAGUACCUGCGCCUUCCUGAAGUACAGGGUGUCAGCAGGAUCCUAGCCCACUGGGCCUGCUACAAGGUGCAGCAGAAAGAUGUCUCAGAUGAGGAUGUAGCGCGGGCUAUUAAUCAGAAGCUGGGCGACACACCUGGUGUUUCCUAUUCUGACAUUGCUGCACGAGCCUAUGGCUGUGGCCGCACUGAACUAGCCAUCAAGCUGCUGGAAUAUGAGCCACGAUCAGGGGAGCAGGUACCUCUUCUCCUAAAGAUGAAGAGGAGCAAACUAGCACUGAGCAAGGCGAUUGAGAGUGGGGACACUGACCUGGUGUUUACAGUGUUGCUGCACCUAAAGAAUGAACUAAAUCGAGGAGACUUUUUCAUGACUCUCCGGAACCAACCCAUGGCCCUGAGUUUGUAUCGACAGUUCUGUAAGCAUCAGGAGCUAGACACUCUGAAGGACCUUUACAAUCAAGAUGACAAUCACCAGGAGUUGGGCAGCUUCCACAUCCGAGCCAGCUAUGCUACUGAGGAGAGAAUUGAGGGGCGAGUAGCAGCUCUGCAGACGGCAGCUGAUGCCUUCUACAAGGCCAAGAAUGAAUUUGCAGCCAAGGCCACAGAAGAUCAAAUGAGGCUCCUGAGGCUACAGCGGCGUCUAGAAGAUGAGCUGGGGGGCCACUUCCUAGACCUGUCUCUACAUGACACAGUCACUGCUCUUAUCCUUGGAGGCCAAAACAAGCGUGCAGAGCAGCUGGCACGUGACUUUCGCAUCCCUGAUAAGAGGCUCUGGUGGCUAAAGCUGGCUGCCCUGGCAAAUUUGGAAGAUUGGGAGGAGCUGGAGAAGUUUUCCAAGAGCAAGAAAUCACCGAUUGGCUACCUGCCCUUUGUAGAGAUCUGCAUGAAACAACAUAACAAAUACGAAGCCAAGAAAUAUGCUUCCCGGGUGGGACCUGAGCAAAAGGUCAAGGCUUUGCUUCUUGUCGGGGACGUGGCUCAGGCUGCAGAUGUGGCUAUUGAGCACCGGAAUGAAACCGAGCUGAGCCUGGUUUUGUCCCACUGCACUGGAGCUACAGAUGGUGCCACAGCUGACAAGAUUCAGCGGGCCAGAGCACAAGCCCAGAAGAAGUAAAAUGCUUGCCCUUUAGGGGGCUAGUUAUAACCUAGAGGUGUCCAGAUGUAAAUAAAUUUGGAACACUAAUUCAGAA